UUAUAACAAGAAGUCCAAAACCUUGUGUAUUGCUACAUGUUUACUCUUGCCUUGGUUGAUGACUUGAAACACUACUAAAAUGCACCAGAAACCUUUGAAGAGCUCUCAUUACAUUGAGCUGGGAAGUUAUCAGUAUUGGCCUAUUCUCGUUCCUCGAGGAAUUCGUUUAUACACCUAUGAGCAGAUUCCUGUGUUCCUUAAGGAUAAUCCUUACAUCACUGACGGCUACAGAGCAUACCUGCCUUCUAGGCUGUGUUUAAAAAGUCUCUUCGUUUUGUCCAAUGAGACAAUCAAUAUCUGGAGUCAUUUGCUGGGCUUCUUUCUCUUCUUCACUUUGGGCAUAUACGAUAUGACUUCUGUGUUGCCUUCUGCGAAAGCUUCUAGAGAAGAUUUUGUUAUUUGUUCUAUUUGUCUUUUUUGCUUUCAGGUCUGUAUGCUUUGCUCGGUUGGGUAUCACCUCUUCUGCUGUCAUCGCUCAGAAAAGACCAGUCGAAGAUGGAUGGCAUUGGAUUAUGCAGGAAUUUCGAUCGGGAUCCUAGGCUGCUAUGUGUCAGGAGUUUUUUAUGCAUUUUACUGUAGUAAUUACUGGCGUCAAGUAUACUUGAUCACGGUGCUUGCUAUGAUCUUGGCAGUAUUCUUCGCUCAGAUUCACCCCAAUUACCUCACUCAGCAAUGGCAUCGACUCCGCUUGGCCAUCUUCUGCUCUGUGUCAGGCUACGGAAUUAUUCCCACCAUCCACUGGAUUUGGCUUAAUGGAGGCAUCACAGCAUCUAUUGUACAGGAAUUCGCUCCCCGAGUGAUUGUGAUGUACUUAAUAGCCGUCACAGCAUUUCUCUUCUAUAUUUCUAAAGUUCCAGAAAGGUAUUUUCCAGGACAGCUAAACUACCUCGGCUCCAGCCACCAACUCUGGCACAUUCUUGCUGUGGUGAUGUUAUAUUGGUGGCACCAAUCAACCAUGUAUAUCAUGCAGUACAGACACAGCAAGCCUUGCCUGGAUUAGAAUCAUGCACCAAAGUGCAUCAAGAAUCCUUGUGCCGAAGUUUGGACACCGAAUGUUUGCAUUUCAUGCCGAUUUCAGGAGCAACAGCCUGAAGUUCUCGUUGGAUCCUCUUUCUCUUAGGAACAAUCUGUUAAUAGGCACUCCUGAGAUCAUUGAUCUCCAUCAGCUUGAGUAACUUAUUUAUCCUCUUAAGGAGAUUGAAAGGACUGCAGAUAACUCGGUCAUAUAUAAACAACUUUUCUUUGAACUACUGACCUAUAUAAAUUAUAAUAGGACGUGGGGACUGUUUGUGCUAUCCACAAGAAAAGUUCUCCAAAACGCAUGCAUGUGACGUUAUUAAAUUUGCAUGCUGGGAUCUCACUUGAAAAUCCAUGUUAACUGUACCUUUUUAAUGUACUCUGUGUUGUUGGCUGACGUUUCAUUUGGGGGUAAAAGAUAUUCAAAUAUAAUACAUAUUUUUUUUAUUGGAGUUUCUUUUCCUUUCCAUAAAAGAGUCUCCGUAGAUCACCGUAGGGUAACUUUUAUCUUCAAACCAAGAGUUGGACCCAUCAGUCAAUUUAGAAUUAAACCAUUCUUUCCUAAUCUUGGGAGCUUGUAGUCAGUGGGUCAAACGUGUGAUAAGGAUCAAAAGAUUUUAGACCCCACUACAAAUUGCUGCAAGUAACACUUGCCACAAACUUGACCUGCUUGCUGCUACUUGGAUAAGUGGCCUUAUGAGCUAUUCUUCAAGAUAAUGCCUGCCUAAUGCCAAAUGCAAAGUGCUUGCUUGUGCCUUGACAGCACUUCCUGCUGCCCUGGAAAUUUUGGAAGAAAGAGGUAAAUUCAGCCAAUGCAGAAAAAAAAAAUAUCUGACUAGCAGUGUGGCCACCUCGGGUUUUGAGAUUCCAGCAGCCACGUCUUCACAACCUGGUGCCAAAAAGGGAUUUGCAGAGAAGAAUGAAGGAGGUAAGAGGAAGCUAAGUGCAACAAACAGCAAUACCAGAUUUCCAUCUCUGGAGUCCAUAACUGACCUAGGACUUUUCAGCGAAGUUGAUACGUGCCACAGAAGCUGCAAGCAUGUCCACAGAGGAAUCCACCAGACACCUUUGGAAGAGGUUUUGUGGUGUAUCAUGAAUGCAACCAAUUCUUCUAAGGGAUUCCUCUCCAACAUCUUUAUCCAUCUCCUAUGCCUUCCAAUUGUUUCAUGCUUUAUUGUUGUUGUUUUGCCUGACACGAAAAUGAAAGCUACAGCUUUAUUUCAGAUUUAUUCCUCUGGCCUGGGAGAAGCGUUACAGAAAAAUCUGGAGGAACUGAACAUUCCCAGUUCACUACAGGCGACGUGUGUCAUGGCAUCACCGCUUUGGUUCUAUCUUCGUCACCUUAGAUUUUUAACUGCCUAGGAAAGUCAUUAAAAUUGUUGCACUCCAAAGUAUAAAGGCAAUUUUAUCAGGUUGCACUGUAGGUGUUGUGUAAACAGUGCUUCAAUAAACGGUUUGCCAAAACGUA